GGGGUCAGUGCACGGGUCGCGCGCUCAGUAGGCGCGUGCGUCUCACUGACCGUCAAACGCUCCAGACGCGUUUCCACCGGACCGGUGCAGCAGUUCUGUGCCAUUCAAAGAUGAGCUUCAACUGUUGUUGGUGUGGCCUUGGUGUGGUGGUCAUGACUGAAUGCCAGCAGUGAUCUGCAUCUGUACGGUGUGAAAAUACCAACAUUAGUGGAUUCAUUAUCUGGGCCCAAUCAUGUUCCACCUGAAGAAGAAAGAUAAAGACAAGAAUAAGGAUGGCGCAAAGAAGGAGAAAAAAGAGAAGAAAGAGAAGAAAGAAUGGAUGUCUCAGGCUGAGCUAAAGAGUUUAGAGGAAGUAGGCAUGAGGAGAGGUUUAUUUAACCUUCAUCGAAGCGGAUCUAAACGGGAUUCCAAAGGGAAGAUGGAGAUAUCUAACCCCAUCCCCAUCAAAGUGGUCAGAAACACAGAGCUCAGUCUGGCAGACCUGGACAUUGAGAAAGUUUUUAGUCAAGGUCACAUGAUCACCACAAGGUCCUGUGAUGACAUUGAAGGGGUGCAAGACAGUGUCAAGGAACAGCCGGCCAAGUUUGGAACUCUGACAAAGCAGAACUCCCAGGUGGGGCAAAUCAUAAAGCGAUUAUCUUUCUCACAGAAGAGCAAAGACGAAAGUCCCUCAGGGUCAGCUGCACCAUCAAGGCAGAACUCAGCCAAUCCGUCGCCUCAAAUUGAGGUUAAAGUAUUCAAUUCUCAGUCUCUGUAUAGGUCCCACCCAGUCGCCCCUGUUAAGAAGGUCCAGAUCCCUGAGAUAAUUGAUAGAACGUUCCCAGAAGACCUGCACUUGCCUGAUCUGUUACCUCCACAAAUUCCUGCGCCUAGAGCGUUGGAACUUCAGCGACGCAACACGGGGGAUUUCGGCUUUUCCCUUCGUCGCACCACCAUUGUGGACCAGCGGCCCGAUGGGUCAAUUUACCGAAGAGUGGUCCACUUUGCUGAACCUGGUGCUGGGAAUAAGGACCUCACUUUGGGGCUGGUGCCAGGUGACCGCCUAGUGGAGAUCAAUGGGCAGAAUGUGGAAAGUAAAAACAGAGAUGAGAUUGUGGAGAUGAUCAGGCAGUCUGGAGAGACUGUACGCCUAAAGGUGCAGCCAAUCGUUGAGUUGAGUGAGCUGAGUCGCUGCUGGUUGAGGAACUCCAGAGGCCCAUACCGGGAUGUUUAUGAGGUGAAAACAGAAGAGCAGCUUGCUGCAGAAAAGGCCUGGUACAACACUGAGAAGCUGUGGCUAGUCCAUAAAGAUGGCUUCUCUCUGGCGACACAACUCAAGACAGAUCCGGGCUCUCUUCCAGAGGGAAAAAUAAAGGUCAGACUGGAGUAUGAUGGAACAUUACUGGAAGUUGACGAGGAUGAUGUGGAGAAAGCGAAUCCUCUGUCGUAUGAUAGAGUGGAGGAUCUGUCCUCUCUCCUUUAUCUCAACGAGUCCAGCAUUCUUCACACUCUGCGUCAGCGCUAUGGUGGUAACCUGAUUCACACCUACGCUGGGCCCAACCUACUGGUGAUCAAUCCUCAUAGCACCCCUGUCAUGUACUCGGAGAAGGUGAUGCAGAUGUUUAAGGGCUGCCGGAGGGAGGAAACAGGCCCUCACAUCUUUGCUAUUGCGCAGUCUGCAUAUCAUCAGCUGCUGACCACACGUCAGGACCAGGCCAUUGUGCUGCUGGGCAGGAGUGGUAGUGGAAAGACCACGAGCUGCCAGCAUCUGCUGCAGUACCUAGUCACCAUCUCAGCGGGCAGUGGGAAAGUGUACUCAGCUGAGAAAUGGCAGGCUGUCUACACGGUUCUGGAGGCAUUUGGGAACUGCAGUACAGCCAUGAACGGGAACGCCAGCCGCUUCUCACACAUAGUCUCUCUCGACUUUGACCAGGCAGGACAGAUGGCUUCUGCAUCUGUUCAGACAAUGUUGCUGGAGAAGUUCAGGGUUACCAGACGACCAGAGGCAGAGUCAAGCUUUAAUGUGUUUUACUAUCUGAUGGCUGGAGCAGAUGCAUCUCUAAAAACUGAACUGCACUUCAAUCACUUUGCUGAGAACAGUGCGUUUGGACUCCUUCCGCCCUCAAAGCCUGAGGACAAGCAGAAAGCUGCACAGCAGUUCACUAAGCUACAAGCUGCCAUGAAGGUUCUGGGUAUCUCUGGUGAAGAGCAGAGAACAGUGUGGCUGAUCUUAGGGGCCAUAUACCACCUCGGUGCAGCUGGGGCCACGAAAGUUUCUGUCGUAGAUGAGAAGGCCGGCCGAAAGCAGUUUGCCAGGCAUGAGUGGGCACAGAAAGCUUCAUAUCUCCUGGGCUGCACACUGGAAGAGCUCUCGUCCGCCAUCUUUAAACCGCAGGGCAAGGGCUCCCUGCCCCGCUCUGCCAGUAUCCGACAGGGUACAGAUGAUACAGACAGCUUAGCAUCCAAAGCAACAGCAGCAGAGUGUUUAGAUUCCAUGGCGUCUGGUCUAUACUCCGAGCUUUUUACACUCCUCAUCUCUCUUAUUAACAAAGCUCUGAAGUCCAGUCAGCAUUCUCUCUGUUCUCUGCUGAUUGUGGACACCCCAGGAUUCCAGAAUCCCCGGCAGGUGAAGAACCAGCGCGGGGCCACGUUUGAGGAGCUCUGUCAUAAUUAUGCUCAGGAACGCCUGCAGACGCUUUUCCAAGAGCGAACGUUUGUACAGGAGCUGGAGCGUUACAAGGAGGAAAACAUUGAGAUCACAUUGGAUGACCUGGAGCCUAGCCCUUCUCGAUCAGUUGCUGUGAUUGAUCAGUCCUCUAGUCAGGCCCUGGUGCGUACGCUUUCCCGGACAGAUGAGGCAAGGGGUCUGUUCUGGUUGAUGGAGGAGGAAGUUCUACUGCCAGGAGGAUCCGAGGACACACUCCUCCAAAGACUCUUCAAUUACUACAGCCCUGCAGAGGGGGAGAGCAAAGGUCACACUGUGCUGCUAAAGAGUGAAAACAUGCAUAACUUCCUGCUCGGCCACAGUCAUGGGACAGAUUGGGUGGAAUAUGACACAAAUGGUUGGCUGAACCUUGCCAAGCUAAACCCCACUCCGCAGAAUGCAGUCAAUCUGCUUGCGAAUUCCCAGAAGAAGAGCAUCAGUGUGUUGUUUGUGGGCCGCUCCAGCAGUGCUGCUGUUCUGACCGGCUCUAUUGCUGGACUGGAGGGCGUCUCUCAGCUCGCAAUGCGUCGAGCCACAGGCAUGAGAAAGACCUUCACUACAGGCAUGGCUGCAGUCAAGAAGAAGUCUCUCUGCCUUCAGAUUAAACUUCAUGUGGAUGCACUGUUGGACACAGUCCGCAGAUCCAGAGUUCACUUUGUGCACUGUCUUUUACCCCGAGCGGAGGCGCUUCGGGCAGCAGGGUCACCAGAGGCCUCGGGGGAAAGCUGUGACCCUGGACUCAUGCAGCUGGACGUGGCUUUACUCAGGGCUCAGGUCCGUGGCUUCAAACUGCUGGACAGUUUGAGGAUUUACAGACAAGGUUACCCUGAUUACAUGGUCUUCUCUGAGUUCCGAAGACGCUUUGAUGUUUUGGCCCCUCACCUGACCAAGAAACUGGGCCGAAACUACAUAGUGAAGGAUGAGAAACGAGCAGUAGAGGAGCUUUUGGAGUCGCUGGAAUUGGAGAAGAGCAGCUAUUACAUGGGCCUGAGCAGGGUGUUCUUCAGGGCUGGAACUGUGGCUAAACUCGAGGGACAAAGGGAUGAACACACUAGACAGAACAUCACACUGUUCCAGGCAGCCUGCAGGGGGUACUUGUCCCGACAAGCCUUCAAGAAGAGGAAGAUCCAGGUUUUGGCCAUCCGUUGUCUCCAGAAGAACAUUAAGAAGAAUUGUGGUGUGAAGGACUGGCCCUGGUGGAAGCUUUUCACCACCGUACGGCCUCUAGUAGAAGUUCAGCUCACCGAAGAACAGAUUCGUGGAAAAGAUGAGGAGAUCAUUCAUCUGAAGUUAAAGCUGGAGAAGGUAGAGAAGGAGAGAAAUGAGCUGCGACUGAACGCGGAUCAUUUGGAGAGCAGAAACACAGAGCUGACUGCAGAGCUUUCGGAUGAGAGGAACUCUGCGGAGUCUACGUCACAACUGCUGGAGACGGAAACAAGCGAAAGGUUACGGCUUGAGAAGGACAUGAAGGAUAUGCAGGUGAAGUUUGAUGCUAUGAAGAAACAGAUGGAUUCCAUGGAGAUGGAGAUCAUGGAGGCCAGGCUCCUCCAUACAUCAGAACUCAACAGCGAGAUGGAUGAAGAUGAUGAUUCUGGUGGUGAAUGGAGGCUGAAAUAUGAACGAGCCAUCAGAGACACAGAAUUCACAAAGAAGAAACUCCAGCAGGAGCUGGAUGACAAGCUGGAGACAGAACAACAGAACAAAAGACACCUGGAGAGAAAAUUAGCAGACCUGCAGGCCGAUCAGGACGAGUCCCAGCGAUCUCUCCAGCAGCUGAAAAAGAAAUGUCAGCGACUGGCAGCUGAGCUGCAAGACACCAAACUGCACCUGGAAAAUCAAGAGGGACGCAACCAUGAACUGGAAAGAAAACAGAGAAAGUUUGAUGUGGAGCAGAACCAGGUUCAUGAGGAACUACAGAGGGAUAGGAACCAGCGGGAGAAACUGGCCAGAGAGAGAGAGAUGUUAACUGGGGAAGUGUUUACAGUUAGACAACAGCUACAGGAAAAGGAAACAGAGCUGUGUGCGGUCAGUCUGAAGUUGGAGCAGUUGGAAUGCGAGCUCCAGGACCUCUCUUCUCAGGAGUCAAAAGAAGAGGCCUCACUCGUAAAGGUUAAGAAACAACUGCGUGAUCUAGAAGCCAAGGUCAAAGAUCAGGAGGAGGAGCUUGAUGAACAGGCUGGAACCAUUCAGAUGCUUGAGCAGGCUAAACUCCGGUUGGAAAUGGAGAUGGAGAGACUGAGACAAACACACUCUAAAGAGCUGGAUGGUAAAGACGAGGAGGUGGAGGAGAUUAGACUGUCCUGCAGUAAGAAGUUGAAACAGAUGGAAGCGCAGCUAGAGGAAGAAUAUGAGGAUAAACAGAGAGUUCUGAGAGAGAAGAGAGACCUUGAAUCUAAACUGAUGACCACUCAGGAACAGGUUGGUCAAAGGGACGUUGAGACAGAGAAGCGUCUCAGAAAGGACCUGAAGCGAACAAAGGUUCUGCUGGCUGAUGCUCAGAUCAUGCUGGACCACCUGAAAAGUAAUGUGCCCAGCAAAAGAGAGAUUGCCACACUCAAAAAUAAGUUGGAGGAGUCAGAGUUUGCCUGUGCAGCCGCAGUUAAAGCACGCAAGUCUAUGGAGCUGGAGAUCGAAGACCUUCACAUCCAGAUGGAUGACAUCACUAAAUCCAAGAUGUCUCUUGAGGAGCAGGUGAGUCAUCUACAGAGAGAGAAGAAUGAUCUGCAGUCUCACUUUGAGGAAGAUCAGGAGGACAUGAAUGAACUGUUGAAGAAACACAAAGCUGCAGUAGCUCAGUCUACAAGAGAUCUGGCACAGAUCAGCGACCUGCAGACCCAGCUGGAAGAGGCUUUGAAGGAAAAACAAGAGAUACAGGACAAGCUCCACUCCUUGCAGUCACAGCUUGAAUUUCAGGAGCAGUCCAUGGUGGAGAAAUCGCUUGUCAGCCGACAAGAAGCCAAAAUCCGUGAGCUUGAGACAAAACUAGAAUAUGAGAGAACCCAGACCAAACGCCUGGAGUCUCUUGUAACACGGCUGAAGGAGAACCUGGAGAAGAUGACUGAGGAACGAGAUCAGCAUGUCGCCAGCGAGAACCGGGAGAAGGAUCAGAACAAGCGCAUGCAGCGUCAGAUCCGAGACAUAAAGGAGGAGAUAACAGAACUGUCUAAGAAAGAGGCUGAAGCCAGCCGCAAAAAACAUGAGCUGGAAAUGGACAUUGAAAGCUUGGAAGCAGCCAAUCAGAGCUUACAGGCAGAUCUGAAGUUGGCCUUUAAGCGUAUUGGUGACCUGCAGGCCGCUAUGGAGGAUGAAAUGGAAACGGAUGAUGACGAUGACCUCAUCAACAGUUUACAAGACAUGGUGACAAAGUAUCAGAAAAGAAAGAACAAAACUGGCGAUGAAUCAGAUAUGGACUCUGAGGUGGAAGACCGUGUGGAUUGGGUGAAGUCAUUGCUCUCCAAGAGCAAGGGAUCCACCAAGAUGCUCACUGAUGAGGGAAGUCAGAAGACCCCCAGACACCCCAAUGCUGCUAAUGCACAUGUGAAAGAUAUCAAAGAAGGGAGGGAGGGAAAAGAGGGGAAGGAUGAAGUAAGAAAAGAAUCAGAUGAGAGCCGCCCAGUUUCUGUGAUGAGCUCGCUUAGCUACAGGAAACGCUCCCAUCAAAAGGACUGGAAUGGUGGCGCUGGGGAUGAGAGUUCCCUAUUCAGUGCCUUGCGGGAUCAGUCAGACAUGCCUGAACGAGUGUUGCUGCGCAAAGCUAGGAGCAAAUCCACCGACAGGCCUCAGACUGGUGACAAUCUGGACGACCAAGGUUCUGUGAUCUCCCAGGCCUAUUCUGAAGCCACCAGCAGGGCCAGGAAAGGCCUGGACCGGCACUGGACCAAGAGCAGUCCAGAAUUCGAUAACGAGUCUACUGUGUCUUCUGUGGCCCUGAGCCGAGCUUCCAACCGUCAAGGGUUGGACCAGUAUGGUGAUGCUCAGUCUGGUGUGAGCAGCUUCAAUUUGAGGCAUAGUACCUCCUGGAUGGAUGAUAACCGCAGCGAUUAUGAACCAGCGAACACCAGCCAGCAAUCUAGAAGCCGUAGUCCUGGCAGCACAAGCAUUAGCUCUCGAAUAUCUUUGUCCCGCAGCACACAGCUUAGCGAGUGUGGUGUUCGUUUGAAUGAUCACAGUGAUGACGAUGAUGAUGUUGACUCUGUUAGCGUGGGUGCAUAUAGUCCUCGCUUGCUUGGCCAUAGUCUGUCCACCCCAGCACAACUGCGCCCCACGGAGAACCCGUUGGAUGCUACUGAUGUUAAACCUGUGAGCCAUCGGAACUAUCUUGACCCCGAGCUGGAAAAAGCAAUCAGUGAAGUCCUGAGCUUCAAGCCAAUCAAAUUUACUCGUCGCAGCCUGGAGGACUUGGAUGAAGAGGAGGGAGGAGGUGAAAUAGGAGAGGACGAAGACAGGAGGAGCGUCAAGUGUUUGCAGCAUGAAAAGGAUGACGAAGGUCUGGUUCGCAGUGGGUCCAGUCUGAGACGCUCUGCUUCAGGUUGUUCUGUUGAUUCUGGACGUUGUGGAAGCUCACUCAGUUCCUUUAGCUCCAAGAAUAGCAGCACCAGGAAGAAGAAGAGUAGAUCCUCUGAAUUCGACAGCUCAUCCAAUGAGGGUCAUGCAUGCCGGUGCUCCAGACAGAAAGAUAAGAAAGGAUCCAGACGGAAGAGAGAAUCUCAAGAGUCUGGAUCUUCAAAGUCAGAAUCGGAUUUAGAAUCAUCUUCCAGCUCUGCAUCAACCAUCUCCUAUCGUAGCUCAAAUAGCGUGAAGAGAGCACCUGCACAGAAAGCCUCUGAAGGUGAUACAGACAGCCCUUCUGAGGAACGACCCCCCAGCAAAAAAGAAGUGAAGAAACAAAAGAAGGUGGACAGCCUAGUGAUGAAGUAUCUCUAUAAACCUGACAGUGAUUAAGGAUUACAGUCCCCCUCUCUACAGAUCACACUCUGUCCAACGUGAUGAAGACAGUGUUGGACUGGAGAAACGACAUGCUAUCAUUAAAGACAGUAAUGGUGAUGCCAAGCCUUCAGAAAGCACAGCGUAGAUAUCAUCUGCUGCUC